AUUCAUUGUACCUUAUUUGGAUAUUUGUUUCACUUUCCCAUCAAUCACAUGAGAUUCAGCAUAGGUACCGUACGCAUAUCCCAGAAUUUGACACUAUAAGGUUUAUGCUAAAAUUUACAAGUUUGUUUAUUUCUUACUGAAUUUGGAUGGUGAAAUUGAAAGUAAAAUCAAGUGAAGCCAUUUUAGUGAGUGGGGUUCAAACACAUCAGUAAUACAUCAGAUUUCUUAAGUGACUGACCUUAAGACACACAUCCCACCACAUGGAGAGUUUUUCUUGCCUGGCCCUCUGGCAUAAGGGGUCAGCACCCUGAGCUUUGCAACUGAAAUUACAGAACGGUCAAGUGCAGGUGAGAAAUUUCAAACCUAGGCAGACCAUAUCCCUCUGACAUUUAAAGGAUUACUGUGUUAGUAAAGAUGCAAUAUAUCAGUCCAUACUUAACAAUAUUGUGAUACUUAAAGGGUGCCUGGUUGACGGAAAAAGGUCAAACGUUCCCAGUGUAGACGUCCUGCGUGCAAAUUCAGCCUACAUGUUCAUUUUAAAUGUGUCAGUAGGUCCAGAGUUGAGAGUUCUUGACAAAGGUGGUUCUUGCAUUUGUACAUUUGAGACACAUUGGUUUUCUCAUUAAUAUAAGGCUGUCUUACCACUACAUGAGUGUGCUCUGGUCAUGAAGAGACAGAUGAUUUCUGUUUAAAAAUAUGGAGAGGGGUUUACCAUUACAGUGAAGCUCUGACAUGUUUUUUUGUGUGUAUUCACACAGAAUGAUUCAUCUUGAAUUCGGUAGAGUGAUUUUUGAUGACUCGGGACACAGCAGCAGGGCAUGUCUUGAUGUGAGCUAGUGAAUGGCCCCCAGACAGCAGUAGAUAGGACUGCUAAUUAGGAGGAAACGAUAUCAAAUUAGUUUCGAGAGAGCUCAGCCCUGUGCAGACUCCUGAAUGGCUUCACUACUUCACUGAUUUUGAAUUAUAAUGUAAAUCUUUGAGAGAAAAUGAAGGCCAACAUUUUCUUUUUGCUAAUCAUGCCUGUAAUACACAUGAGGCUAAACAGUUUUCACCCUGAAAAUUGUCUUAUUGAUCAACUGAACUGCAAGAGAUCUUUAAUGCCAGUUAAGGCUUUUAGCUGUAAUGAAGGCAAGGCACAAUGCAAGGCUGCUUACCGGCCUAUUUUUGUCAGCAAUGUGUCCGCCAGGAUUUAAAAGGCUUAAAGCAAUCCCAGGAGCACUCUGCUCUGGAACGUCUGAGAAACAUGGCCUCAGGGCUCUAUAAUAGUCAUCAGGCCCUCUAAAUGGACCAUGGAGGAAGUGGGUGUGGCUAAAGAAAGCAAUGUGGUGAAACCUGCCUCCCGGCAUCCCCUCUCCUCGUCAGGGAACCGAACCGAGAACCAAGAGCGCACAGAAGCGUAUCCAUCCAGCAGCAGCUGGGAGCAGACUUCCCCUGGCUCGUCCUCCCUGUGCCCCGAUUUCUGGCUGUGUGCCCCUGCCUCACAGGCCUCUGCAGUAUCGGCCAAGGUGAAGGCCCUCCUGGAGCGCGAUGCUGACCAGAAGCGCUCUUGUAAGAACCUUCACCAGAAGGACAUACAUGGGUUCCACACACUGGCACAGGCUCGAACAGGCACAUGGAGCCCCGGCAGCAGUGAUGAAGAGAUAGAACCUCACUCCACGGUCUUUACCUUCACGUCUGCUGAAGGAGAGCAUUGUGAGAUGCUUCCAGAUGAAGGUGAGCUCCAUGGUGACACUUCAGUGACGCUGCUGGACCUUUCACGAGCACUUGGAGAAGAUCUGGAGAACAUCGAGGCUGAUGACAUAUGCAACACCAAAUUGGAGGUCUCCUCCGGCUGCGAGAAACCAUGGGUUCAGCCCAAAGAUUCUUGGAGCAUGGCAAGGCCGAAGGCCCAGCUUCUGAAUAGAAACAUCUCUCAAGGGGGGGAGGGGCCUAUGAGCAGGCUAAUGCCCAGUGAGUGCGAGGAGCUACAGAGAUCUGACAGUCUGGGUAGCCAUCCCCAGAGCCAUAUGUCCACUGAGAGCAGCCCAGGGAGGGCUGCUGAGAGCAGACUCGGGCGAGCCGAGAGUGUGGAGAGCAGCAGCAGCAGCAGCGGCGGCUCCCUCUCGCUGGCCGAGAGGGUGGAGAUGAACCGCAGAGUCCUCAGACAGAUGCUUCAGAAAGCUCACAGCAAAGGCACAGAGGGACACCAGGGCCCUCUUUCAAACCAAAGGCUGCACAACACGUAUAAUAAAGGUGGGUUGAAUGACACUGACUAUGAUUCUGGGAUCCCUCUACAUGAUUGGAAACAUCAGAGGGCCUUUCCUUCAGCUACUGUGCUGCCGCUGAGUCCUCACCAUCAGCAGUCGAAGCGUCUGCCAGAGCACGCUCGCAUGAAGGGCCGCUCGCACCCUCUCAAAGCCGACCACACCAUCCUACCCGUGCGGAGAGACACCCCGGGGUUGCUGCCCCAGAGCGGGGCUUCCAAAGUGGGGAGGGCCGGUGUGGUGGCAGGGGCAGGCUCAGGUAACCUCAGUGACUCCUCCAGCAGCGACUCCACGUGCAGCGGCCGUCGCAGGCCUGGACACUCGCCUACACGUGUGCGCUUCCAGGACGAGUCGGAGAAAGACGCUGAGGUGCGCUACCAGGACCGCGUACGUCAGCGUCGGUGGGCUGCAGAGAGGGCGCAGGGCCCGCUGGGAUCCAAACCCAGCCUGGCCGCCUACAUCGACAGCCGGACCGGGGAGGCGGAGCCUACUGCUGAACACAAAAGUGGGAGGAGCCAGGAGGUUUCACGCAACGGUAACAGCCAUUAUGGAGCCCUGCUAUGCAGCCACGUGGGCCAGCAGUGCGAGGCCUGUGGCAGCGUGCUGGAUAAAGCAAGUCCUCUGCUUCCAAAUUCCAUUACUUUCCCUCUGGAAUCAGCUAACGAGGAGGCGGAGGAAAAGCUGGUGCCAUGCUGGCUGGCUGCGACCCUGCCCAGCCACCCGGUACGAAUAGAACGGAUCAGAGAGACGUACGUUGGCCCGUCAGACAGCCUUAUCAUGGACAGCGAUGGUACGCGCUGCCGAACUGCAGUUACAAGAGACACUGCUGCCAGUACGAGGACGCUAGAGAGGUCGAAAAGAAGAGGCAUGGAGGAGGAGAGCAGCCCCGAGACCAUCAGCACCUCCCGUGACGGGCCUGGAGGUCUGGAGGCGCCGUGCAGCGGCAGCCCCGGCCAGCUAGAGACGGGUCUGCUCAACGGUACUGCCGCCCUGCCGCCCAACCCCUAUGCCCCGGAGCCAGCAGGCAAGUCUCCGCUCGUUUCAAAAGCCCGUCUGGUUUCCACGAUGCCCCCUGGAGGGGAUCCGCUCCCCCAGCCAGUGCCCCCUCCUCUGCAGUCCAGGAAGUCUGCUCUGAAGCCUGCCACAGUGGACCGCUCCAGGGGCCACCGAGGGACCGGUCUCAGGCUUUCCCCACCCCACCGCCCUGCGCACCGAGAGCCUCCAGAAGCAGCGGGCGAUGAAGGGUUCAGUCCUCAAGAGAGUCUGAGGGAAGGCAGCCAAGUGCUGAUUAACCAUUGCCCCACACAGAAGGGUUUUGCAGCGAGCAGCCAGUCUGGAGACACAGCUGUGCGUCCAGGUCGACCUGGGCCCAAACCUGCAGGUUUGGAACAGGAUCAAAUCACAAGAGCCAGCCCUACUGAAACUGUCCAUGGACACUUGACUGAAGGGGCGGUUCAAGGACCAAUCAGACCAGAGCAUGAAAAGGAAGACAGUCCAAGCCCCUCAGCGGAUGGAGUCUCCGACGAAGGACAGAGGGACGUCAGGCCUCGGCUGUCCCUGCGACGCUUCUUCUCGGCCAUAGGCCUGAGACCUGGUGCUGGCCCGCUCCGUAGGGGGCGCUCCAGCAGCGCGGAGCAGCUUGGUCCACCACCCGAGACCCCCGCGGCCUCUCCCGUGCGGCCCCGCACGGCGCAGGCCGAGCCCGGCCUGCUGCGGAAAACCCCUUCACUGCAGUCCCUGCGUCUGGGGUCUCCCUUUCUCCAGUUGAAGAAAUUCUCUUCAGUGCAGAAUCUCCAGUCUCCCAAGAGGAAGCUGGACCGCUCUAGUGCGUACACACCAGGGGAAGAGCCUCGUAGUCCCGCUCCUUCUAGGGGACUGCUGCGUUCCCUGAGCGUGGAGGAUGUGGGCUGUCCCAGUGCCCUGCGUGCCGUGGGGAGAGUAGCCCAGGUCUUCCCAGAUGGCACGCUGCUGCUGGAGCUCUCCCGGCCUCCCACUGGAACCUUCGGCUUCCUCAUCUCCCGCGGGAAAGGCAGGCUGGACUCGGGCGUGUACGUGGAGGAGAUGGGAGACAGCAGCACACAGAAGCUGUACGCAGGGCUGCUGGGAGUGGGCGAUGAGAUUGUGGAGGUGAGCGGCCAGAAGGUGGCAGGCCUGAGCCUGGAUACGGUGACACGUCUGAUGACCCAGAGCGGCACGUCCUCGCUCCGUGUGCUCCGCCAGCGCCCGCCCACCCCCCCCCGCUGAGGGUUACGGCCCGAGCGGCAAAGGCCGGGGGUGAGCGACUCCUUGCCCUGCUGGUCUGGACCUGUUUACGCUGAUGUUCAGAGUGGGUUCCCCCUUCUUCCUGCACUGUCAGAAACUUCUCCGUUUCUGUACAAGUCCACGGAACUGACUCCUUCAGUGAUUUCCCCACCUGAUUUCCCUUUCUGCCUCUUCUGUUGUCCGUUGUAGAUUUGCUUUUAGUUUUGUUUUUGUUCUAUUCACAGAGCUCCAGCCUGUUCUCUGCUCUGCUCCAGUACCAACACCAACGAGGUGGUCUAGUCUGCCAGCUCUCCGCUUACCUGGAUCAAGUGUGUUUGUUGCUUUGCUGGGUUUGUCUUUUUUCAUGGGGUCACAGCCUUGGUACCCAAUCUCUACAGGACCAGUAUGUGCAUAAAUUUGUAAGUUAUGAGUGUAGUAGAGUGCCUCACUCAGGCUAGCUUUAACUCAUUGUUCCAUGUUGGUGGUAGACUUUGCAACACCCCAGGCAGGAUUAGCUCAGUGUGGACCAGGGUGUAGAAUCCACCCAGCUGCUACAUUUUGGUGCACUUUUUUUUUUUUUUUUUUAACCGUUGUUGAUUUCUGCUGUUUUGGUACUAAAAAUGAAUUUGCUAUGAUUGUGUGGCUGAUUGUGUUGCUUUAGUCAAGUCAAAUUUAUUUAUACAGCACUUUUUACAACAGCUGUUGUCACAAAGCAGCUUUACAAAUGUCAAAGUCCAAGCUCCCAGUGAGCAAGACAAGUGUGACAGUGGCGAGGGAAAACUCCCUAGAUGAGUCAAAAAGAGAACUGCUAUUUAUACAGAAACCAAUCAGAUGGCAGUGGCUUUCGGUUACAAGUCUAAUAGAGUGUGAUUAAACUUGCUGUCAUAUUUCUGUCCAGCUAGUGGCCUUUUCACAGGCUUGACUUCUUAACGUGGGGAAUCUGGUGUUGGAGACUUGAUGAAGCAUCCCAGGAUGGAGAGGAGUGGGGGAGGACUACACGAUCAAUACUCCCUCUGCCUCCCCCUACUGAAUAGACAAUGAGGGAGCCCAUUCUGACCCCUUAUACAAAUCAGUAUUGCCCACCAAGGUGUAUUCCAGUUGUAAAAUGUAUAGGUGUAGGUAUCAGUAUUGCUGUGCCAUAUUUAUUGGUUACAGUGGGAUAGAGAGUCAUGGAUGAGACUUUUUCAGGUUUACUUGAUGUAUGGUACCAUGCGUUUCACAGCGCAUCACGGGAGUUUUUAUUUCCCCCCCCCCAUCAUUUUGGUCAUAAACCACACAGAUGAGAUGUCUUGCAGUACUGGAGAACUUCACUCAGUUAUAUUUGUCAAAUCUAGAGAGAUGGAGCAUCGUAGUUAGGCUUUAUGCAGUGUGUGCGCACGCGUGCAUGUUCCCAGACCCUGCAUUGCAAUGCUAAUGAGCCAAGCUGUCUGAGGAGUAUCCCCUCCACCCCUGCUUUCCCAUGGGGCAGUGGGGCUCAGCUGUCCUCUCCACUUACCCCAGGGUAAAGGAGCGGAGGGGAGAACCUGCAUUCUGCACCUGCUACCCACCCAUAAACACACACCCACACCAUAAUUAGCAACCCUCAAGCUAUGUAAAAUGACUUGUUCUCAUCCGGUUUCAAAUGUUGCCACAAUUGUGCCAAAUUUCGUGGUUGUCUGACAAAGCUGCUGCUGGAUAAAUGAGAUUUUUUGAAAAAGGCCAUUAAAACAUAAAUCACCUUAGAAUCAGUCACAGUCACUUAGUAUAAAAAAAAUCCCUAAGAAUUUAAAAUAACACUUUGUAAUACUGGCAUUAAUAUAAUAUUACAAUACAGUAAUAGCCCUCGACUGACAAACACAUUUUGUGAGUUCAUAAUGGCGGGUCUGAUGUGGAGUCUACUGUGCAGGGGCGGUCCAAGUGUAGUGUGACUCAUUACUGGGCACUACGCUGCCGGCUGGGGGGCCCUGUACAACGAGCAUGGCUCACAGCCCCUACGGCAGCUCGUCACCAGUCUUCCAUACGAUUCAGUGGCACACUGGAGCAGCUCAAACAGCCAGUCAUUGUCUCUUGCAGGAGUCAAUGUGCAGCCAAAGCCAAAGCCAGGUUUUACUGAAUCACAUGACAGUACCACUGUACUGUUUUAGCACUAACCACCUAAUGGCCUUUAAAAGGAACCGCACUCAGAUUUCAUAGUAGUUUGGGCAGUAGCCCUGGGCCAAGCCUACCGGCCUGCAUUUAUACCGCCUUUUUAAAUUUUUCAUUUCACCUUUGUGUUCAUACCCUGAAUGUCAAAUAGGUCAGCAGUAACAAACAUAGACGGAUGUCUGGCAUGCCACAGUUCCAUUAGGUAACAAGUCCUGGCAAAUCUACAACUCCAGAACCAAGCAUACCCCCAUCUACUGACUACACUCAAAGCAAACACAAAACACACCAACACCAAGGAUAUUUAGCAGACACCCGCGUUUAAUAGAUUCAAAGGAACUCCAUGUCAUAAUGGACACACAGGAUCAUGGAACAGAAUUUCACAAAGGCCUUUUGAGGAGGGAAAGAGGGUAUUCGUUCUUUCUCUCAAAGGUGAACAAGUACAUUAAACCAACACACAGAAAUGACAAACUGUAAGGAAUCACCAAAGCCCAUUUGUUACCAGUUUCUGUCUGCUCAGUCCCAGGCUCCUCCCCCUCACCAGGGACUCAACUGUGCAAUUAAGACUGUUUUACUUCAGAGCUGUUCUGUAUAUUAUAAUAUUGCACGACAAAAUGAUACUCGGGCUUCACACUAAACCUUCUGCAGUAAAAAGUAGGAUAAACAAUUUUGUUUGGGACCACACAACCAAAUGUGUUGUACUCCUAAUACUCUCUAAAACAUUGUGGUCCUGUCCCUAGAUCAUGGUCAAAUAAUACAACUGCAUAAUAAUAAUAAUAAUAAUAAUAAUUAUUAUUAUUAUUAUUAUUAACAGUUUGAAAACACACAAGGAAGAACAUGAUAAAAGUAUUGUGCUACUGUUUAAGGCUUGACAAAAUAAAUAUGAAAGGGCAUUUCUCAUACCUUUGUGGUUAUUUAAGAAUACUGCAUCUAACAAAUACUAGCAGAACUAAAUGCACCUCCAUAACAGAGAUGUCACAUCCCAUAAGAUUACUGAAUCUGUGUAACAUUCAGUGAAUGCUCCUAUAAAACGUCUGCUUCAGGUUUUCAAGGCUUUCAAGUCAAAAUCAGACUGAAUUUGCACUUACUAUAUGUCAUGCUAAGGCACUAUCUAGUUUUCUAUCCUUCACAGCAGUUUUUCAUACUUUAAUAUACUGUCCAAUAAACCAGAAUCCUUCUAAUAAAUAAAAUUUAAAGUUGUUAAUAAUCUGCUCAGGCCAUCGGAGACUAUUCACAUGUCAUCUUAAAGGAGUUGCAAGCAGCAUUUCCCCAUUUUUACAUGACUGUCAAAAUACCACAGCAUUUGAUUGGCUUGCGGCCAAUCAAAUGGCUAGUCGCAGGAAACGGGAAAACACCUUCAAACUUUGAGGAAACGCUGGGUACUGAAAGACCACAAAUUCACAAAUAAAGCCUAAAGCAGCAUCUUAUCCAGUUCUUUUGGAUACACCUCAAAUUCAGACUUAUUGUUUGUAAUAAGACCUUCUACUUACUGCUCCUUGAAAGCAAUAUCCAUAGGUUUUCUACCAAAAAAAAAAAAAAA